UGCUUCACUUGGACGUUGGGUGUGCUGUGUGGCUCUCAAUCGGGCACGCGCACACGCACACGCACGCAGGAGGUGUCGCCGGCCCUCCCGCACCCACAGGAGCGCUCGAGGCGGCUGGACAGUGAAGGAAGCUGCGUGUGGGGUGCCCUGUGAUCCUGUGUCGCUGCUGCAGGAGGAGGAGGAGGAGGGUGGGUAGGGGACGCGCCGCUGGUGAAGAGAGCGGCGCCCCUGCUGUCUGUGCGUGUGUUAUGAGGUCAGCAGACUCCCGCGGCACCAGCAGGAGCACCGCUGACUAGGGAACAUGGCUCUCAUAAUGUGGCCGCGUAAUAUGGAGACCCCGCAACUGACAGGUGAUCCGCUGAGGAAGAUUGACCGUGAGAGAAUGGGAUCGCCGUCCAGAGAUGGAGGGGCGCUGAACGGGUGUGACAGGGAGGAGGGGGGGGUCAGUGAAUGUGGGAGUGAUGGGGCCAGCCACGACAUGCCCCUUGAUGACUCCAUGGAUGGCGCGCCGCCCCCUCCAUCCUCCUCCUCCUCGGAUAUCCCCACGCCCACCCGCCCACGCUCCCCGACUCCCGUAGGUCUGGCCACCGCCCCCCACCCACACCUCAACCCACAGCUCCAGCUACCGCCCACGCCCAGACACUUCCAUCCAGUCAUUAACCUGGCUCGAGAUUUGACAAACAGAACCAGCAAUGGCGGACGCUCCCCCACCCCCUCCCCUCCCCCGAUCAUGUCCACCCACACUUCCCUGCCCUCCCCCUCCCCCACGCCCACCACCCACACGCCCAUCACCUCCGCCCCCUCGCCCCCUACCACAGCGCCCACCGGCCCCGCCCACUCCGUGCAGGCCGCCCUCGCCGCUAUCCAGGCUGGCUCCCUCUCGCUAAACCAGCUGAUGGCUCUGGGGGCGCAGGGUCCGGGCCUUCUCAUGCAGAACCAGCUGGCUGCCGCCGCCGCCGCCGCCAACCAGCUGCCCGUGUCGUCGCCGCUGCCCAGCCUGGGCUCUCUCAACCCCCAGGAGCUGCAGGCGCUGCAGCAGACGCUGUCCCAGCAGCAGCAACAGAUCCAGCAGCAGCUCCAGCAGUUCAUGUUGUUCUCACAGCCCAGCGCCGCCUCGCAGCUGCCGCCCCAGACACAGCUCUUCCUGCAGAGCCAGCAACUCCAGUACCUGCAGAACCUGCUGCAGCAGGGCCUGCUGGCCUCCCCCGGGCUGGCCGGCAUCCAGGGCCUGCAGCCCCCCGUGUCCCAGGCCCCCUCCCAGCCGCCCCACGCCCGCAGCGUGCACCACGCCGUGGCGCAGGCCGCACAGCAACUGCAGCAGCUGCAGAAGGCCCACCAUCAGCAGCAACAGCAGCAGCAGCAGCAACAACAGCAGCAACAGCAGCAGCACCACCACCACCACCCACAGCAGCAGCAGCAGCAGCAGCAGCAGGGCGGCCGGGACCUGCGGGACCCCCUGAGGGACCUGCGGGACAUCCGGGACCUGCGGGAGGUGCAGAUGCGGGAGCUGCGGGACGCGCGCGAGCCCCCGCUGCGGCCGCCGCCCCUGGAUCCCUCCCACCUGGGCGGGUCUCCCCUGGCCCCCCACCUGCCGCCCCACACUCACCUUAACCGCCCCCCGGUGCCGCACUCCCCGCCGCCGCCGCCGCCGCGCCACUGGGAGCCGCUGCCGGAGGAGCCCACGGACCUGGAGGAGUUGGAGCAGUUCGCCAAGACGUUCAAGCAGCGGCGCAUCAAGCUGGGCUACACGCAGGGCGACGUGGGCCUGGCCAUGGGCAAGCUGUACGGCAACGACUUCUCCCAGACCACCAUCAGCCGCUUCGAGGCGCUCAACCUCUCCUUCAAGAACAUGUGCAAGCUGAAGCCGCUGCUGCAGAAGUGGCUGACGGACGCCGACAAGACCAUCACGGACCCCACCACCGUCAGCAACACCAUCUCCUCGCCGGAUGCGGUGGGGCGGCGGCGCAAGAAGCGGACCUCCAUCGAGACCAGCGUGCGCGUGGCCCUGGAGCGCGCCUUCAUCCAGAACCCCAAGCCAACCUCCGAGGAGAUCUCCAUGCUGGCAGACAGCCUGUCCAUGGAGAAGGAAGUGGUCCGCGUGUGGUUCUGUAACAGACGCCAGAAGGAGAAGAGGAUAAACCCCCCCACCAGCGGCAUGGUCAGCCCCCCCCUCAGCCUCAGCAGCACGCCCAUGUUCCCCGGCCCCCCCAUCACCUCCCCCCUCACCCUCACCAACAUAGGGGGCCCACCGCUCUCCCUUGGUACCCUCCCUCCCCUCUCCCUGGUCACCCACUCCUACGCCCCCGUCACCCCCGACGGCCCCUGCACUAAAUCUGAGUAAGUGUGGGGGUGUUGCUCCUCCUCCUCCUCCUCUUCCUCCUCCUCCACCUCCUCCUCCUCCUCUUCCACGUUUGUGCAAUGCCCCUCCACCCCUCCCCCUCCCCUCUCCCCCUCCUCCCCAGCGGUGAGAGGCACGGAGGAGGACGAACCAGAAGUGAGGUCAGGUCACGAUGAGGGGGGGGUCAUUGGGGGGUCGCCGUGCCCCCCCACCCUCCGCCCCUCCAAAAUGCUAAAGACUUCCCCCAGGAGCGCCUCUCUCUCUCCCUUUUCUCUAUCUCUCUCCUCUCUCUCUCUCUCUCUCUCUCUCAGUGACAAGUGAGGGAGGGAGAGUUAAAGAGAGAGAAAGAGAGAGAGAGAGAGUGAGAAAGUGAGAGAAAAAGAGAGAAAAUAAAAAACUCAGGCUUCUUUUAAUUUUCACGUGAACUGUGCGUGCGUGCGUGCGUGUGCGUGUGCGUGGGCGUGUGGGCGUGUGUCGUAGCCCCACCUCCGCCCCUCCCCUGUGAACAUCCACCCCUCAUUACCCCCUCUAAAAAAAUGGGGAAUGAGGGGAAAAUAAGGGGAAACGAGGGGAAACAAACUAAUCAUCGUAACUUGAUCAAACACGUUAUGGAAGUGGAGGGGAAACAUUGUGUGUAGGGGAGGGGUCAUGGAAACUCGCCCCUCCCCCUCUGCUCCCCACUUGACUCCACUUCCCCUCACUCCGGCUCUCCCCUCAGCCGCCUCCCCUCUUCGCCGCCGCCGCCAGUGUAAAAUAUGGACACUUUGAGAAUAUAGUGAAAAAUGUAUAUGUGUAACAAUUAAUGUGUGUGUGUGUGUGUGUGUGUGUGUGUGUGUGUGUGUGUGUGUGUGUGUGUGUGUGUGUGUGUUUAUGUACCCUCCUCCUCAUCCUCUUCCUCCUCUUCCUCUUCCUUAUUCUCUCAUUCUAUCCUUCCUCCUCCUCCUCCUCCUCCUCCUUCUCCUCCUCCUCCUCCUCCUCCUCCCAGUGUAAAUUCCCGUUUUCUAAAGAGGUGAAACGUGUUAACAUAAUUAAAUACUUACACACACACACACACACACACACACACACACACACACACACACACACACACACACACACACACGUACAGU